AUGGCGGGAAUGGCCGAUUCCGAUUCAGACACUCCGAGUGAGGCCUCUUCCAAGUCCACCCAGUCCAUCCACAGGAUGAAGCCUUGGCAGUGGUUGGGAUCCUCCUCUUCCUACUUGGCGGUGUUCGCUGUGAAUAUCACCGCCUCAAUUUUGCUCUUUCCUGAGGACAACUCAGAGCAGAAGCGGCAGAGAUUUCGGAAUCAAAUGCAUCUCUAUCACUCCGCAAAGUGCCCCUUGCUGGACCAGAUCUCUUUUCUUUGUCUGAUGGUGGCGAGCCUUGGUGCCGGCUGCGUUGCAGCCUUCUUGCUGAAGCGGGCGACGUUUUCCGCGCAUGCACGGUCUGCAACUGGAGACCUGGAGGGAUGUUUUUGA